AUGGGAGAUGAGACAAGGUCAUUGAUCAAUUAUGUUCCUAGUUUUGCACGAGGCUUUAAUCUUCUGCUACUGCACGAUGACAAAUCGUCUCUCGUGUAUCUCUCAUCACUGCUUGAGCUUUACUCAUUCAAAGUAACUGCUACAGAUGACUCAUCAGCAGCAGCAUCCAUGAUUUGUGAUCAUAAAGGCGGGUUCAAACUCGUCAUGGCCAAAGCCAAUAUGCCUGGCAUGGAUCCCCUUUCAUUUCUGGAUGUAGUGCUUGGAAAGGACAUUCCUGUCAUCUUCAUCCACUCUGGACGAUUUGAUGAUGUAACUCGUAAGGCUUUGGCUACUGGAUUAUGUUACUUCCUCGAGGAACCAAUCCGUUCAAGUGAUCUCAAAUAUGUAUGGCAACAUGCAUAUCGCUCAAAAGCCCAUUCAACCAAAGAAACUCAAAAUGCUGAGGAGUCUCAGGACAAGGUGGGCCGUGCAAAGGUUCUUAGAGCAAAGGGAGAAAGAAACAAGGGUGCUAAAGGGGGCAAACUAAAAGAGAAGAGAAGAGUUGAUGACUGCACAAUGCAAGAUGCUCGUCCAAAGAAGAUAUUAAGUUGGAUGAAUGAGCCUUUCCUCACAGUUCGCCAGGUUGCAAGUCAUCUCCAGAAACACAAAUUGCGGUUGAAGCGCAUAGAGAAUGCUCGCUUUUCUGAGUUGCACCCAGUAAGCACGUCAAUAUCAUCAAACUCAAGCCACAAAGCACCGUUGCCUUCACCAUCUGAAGUGUCCAGCUUAGGAACAAAAGGUCUCCGAACACCAACUGCUUCCUCGAAUGAGAGCCAUGAGCAAAACCUGUCUCUCAAAGAGCUUGAAACUCCAGAGAAUUCAACAUUUCCAACUGAAAACCGAACUUUAGAUUCUUCAAUGGAUCAAAACCAACCUGCUACUGAAUACAAUGAUAUCAUAAAAAUGCUCGUGGAGGACUCUGAAAGUUUUGAUUUGAUUGAAAAUGGAACUGAUCCUGGUGAUGUUGACCAAUACUGUGAGAUGCUAAAGACAGUUUUAGAUGGGAACAGUUCCACUCCGAAGAUCCCAUGA